ACUUGGAGAGCGCAGGAUGGAGUGGUGAAGAUGUAUCCAGCGACUUGUAGAAGCUGCAGUAGUUUCAAACGCUUCUGGCCAACAUAAAUAAGCAUGUCUUUCAUUUAUUUUCCAUUUCCAACAGAUCAAAUGCCGGGGAAGGAGUGCGCUCUAACAUUCCCGGAGAAUCGCUCCCGUUCUCACUGAAGUGGCCGGAGUUGCGACGGAGUGUUGAGGCAGCACCCACCGCAAGUUCUGGGACGGAGUGUGUCUGAGGCAUGAACUUCGCCCAAGUUUCCGCGCUACUCCUAAUCCUCCUAACCCAGUUCCCCAUCCCCCGGGUGCUGUGCGUGCAUCAGGAGUGCAACGUUUGGUCAGAAGUCGCACGACUGCGCGAAGAAUGUCUCUGGAAUAUCGAAAGAGAAAACCAGAGCUUGGAGACAGGGUGCAGCAGAUUGUGGGAAAAUGUAACGUGUUGGCCUCCUGCCAGAGAUGGAGAAGUGGUUGUGGUGUCUUGCAUAAGGUUGCCUGGCCUUUUCCUCAACCCCGGAGCCAACGUCAGCAGGAACUGCACCAGCACAGGAUGGUCAAUGCUCCAGCAGCCCUAUAAAUUAGCCUGCGGAUACAAUGAGAACGGCACUCCGUCUGAUGAAAAGCAAAACUUCUACGAAGUGACCAGGAUUGGCUACACCAUAGGAUACAGCCUCUCGCUGCUCUCUCUGUCAGUGGCCGUAGUCAUCCUUUGCAUCUUCAGCAAGUUACACUGCACCAGAAACUACAUCCACAUGCACCUCUUCAUAUCGUUUAUCCUGAGGGCCAUCGCUGUCUUUGUCAAGGACCUGGUUCUCUUUCAGCUGGACCCGUGCUAUAAAGCGCCGGCCGGUUGUAAAGCAGCAGUGGUCUUCUUUCAAUACUGCAUCAUGGCAAACUUCUUCUGGCUCCUGGUGGAGGGUCUCUACUUGCACACCCUGCUGGUUAUCUCCUUCUUCUCCGAGAAAAGAUACUUCUGGUGGUACAUCCCUAUCGGCUGGGGGACACCACUGCCGUUUAUUAUCAUCUGGGUCAUCACGAAAGUCCAUUUUGAUGAUUUUGCAUGUUGGCAGAUCAUUGACUCUCCUUUCUGGUGGAUUAUUCGGACCCCGAUCCUCAUCGCCAUCUUGGUGAACUUUGUUCUCUUCACGUGCAUUAUCCGAAUAUUGAUACAGAAGCUGCACUCCCCUGACGUGGGACUGAAUCAAUCCAACCAGCACUUGAGGCUGGCAAAGUCGACCCUUCUGCUGAUCCCACUGUUCGGAAUCAAUUACAUUGCAUUCGCUUUCUUCCCCGAUCAAUUAAACCCAAAAUUGAAGAUUGUCUUUGAUCUUGUUCUCGGAUCCUUUCAGGGAUUCAUUGUGGCCAUACUGUACUGUUUCCUGAAUGGAGAGGUACAGUCGGAGCUGAAGAGGAAGUGGAGACGCUGGCACAUCAAGAGGGUGGUGGGAGGAGAUAUGAAAUAUCACCAGCCUUCGGUUGGCAGCAAUGGCACCAACUGCACCACCCAGAUCUCCAUGUUGACCAAGUGCAGCCCCAAGAUCACAGACUCCAACAUUCAGACCGAGUCCUCCAUCUCCUAGGUCCAGGCUGACCCAGGCUUCAGCUCAACUCUAACCCCUGGGAAGCAACUCAAAGAUGCACAGAUAUUUGCUAGGGCAAAGUUAGAGUGGCACAGUGGCGCAUCUGGUAGAACGACUGCCUCACAGAACCAAAGAGCGGGGCUUGAUCCUGACCUCGGGUGUAGUCUGUGCAUGUGAAGUUUGCACUU